AUGGAAAAUUAUCCACGUACUUCUCAAAUCUUACUUUUCAUGAGUGUCUCACCAGAUGGAACCACCCUUCACAUGGAUGCUGAUGUACUUCAGCAACUAUUUAUCAUUAGGGAUAGAUUCCGUGAUGGUGUUGAAGGAAAUGUUAGGCUAUACCACGACAACGGUCGAAUGUACUGUGUUCAUUUGUAUGGUCAAUACGCAUUCCAAAUAGUCAAUAUGGCGGAUGGACUCCCAUAUUGUGUAUACACUACCUUGCGAAUCAACCCAAGUGAAAGCAAAGGUCAUGGUAAUUGUCCAUCUGUCCUCUUAUUCCCUUCUCCAUAUUGA